AUGGUGAUGACGGGUGCCGCCCCCACGGGCGUGAACAAGUUUAAGAUGUCGGCAAGGAGGAUCGUCUUUCGUCUUCAGGGAGAUAUGGUGAAUGCAGUUAUGGAUCCGUGGUUCAGUGGUGGCGGGUGGAGGUUCAGAAUGAAGUUACAGACCAAGUACGGACGGACUUCCGGGUAUGCGAUCUGCUUCGCUGAGUUCACCCCACCAUCAGCCCUCUGUACCUAUAUCCACUCCCGUCUCUUCUUCACUCAACACUUCAACACUUCAACACUUCAUCACUUCAUCACUUCAUCACCAAGUCAACUCGGUUACCUGGCCCAGGGCAUCGCGAUGGACCGGAGAAAUGUCUCUAAACGCAAGAGGUCGUCAACAUCUACAUCCACAUCCAUAUUAUCAUCUUCCCAGCCGCAUAACCACCCAAGUGACACCAUCAAUCCUCUGAGCCACACUCCCAGCACUCUCCACCAACUCCAUACAGCGGGCUUGUCGGAAGUCGACAACCUCCCUUCCACUUCCCAGCCCGGGUUCCCACAUCAGCCAUGGCGAGACCCAACAUUGACCACAAAACCAAAGAGGCGCCGCCGGACCAGGAAGAGUCGACACUCUUCUCGUACAGGCACAGACACAGAGUCGGGAACCGACGCCGGAACAGAUGUCGAGCCGGAAACAGAGUCAGAUAGCGGAACAAGUCGCCCCAUCUCUCCCUCCUCGUCUGCCUCAGAACUACCCGAUGACAAGUCUUAUGCCGCUGAACGUGCCGCCCUCCGACCCCUGGCCCGUUCCAUCAGGACGUUCCUAUCCCGGGGCGAUAUCCCCGCCGCAAAACGCGCCUUCGGUCUGCUCAUGCGGUCCAGAAUCUCGGGGAAGCCCGUCGAUAUCCGCCGGAACCACUACUGGGAGCUCGGCGCCGAAAUCCUCAUGCGCGAGCGGCCUCUCGAAGAGGAAGAAGAAGAUGAAGAAGAACAACGAGACGGAGAGGUGGACGCCGAACAGGACGCCAGCCAGGAAAGACGCCGCCGCCAACAACACCUCUACCCGCUCCAAAACGUCCCCAGAGUGAGAGAAUACUUCGAGACCCUCAUCCGGCGUUACCCGCACCACCUCGGCGCCCGUCGCGCUGCGUCCGCCCUUCAGUUCUACCCUGCUCUCAUCAGCUACGAGGUUAUCCAAUGUCACGCCCGACUAACCAUCGCCCUCGCCGACUUGGACACCGAAGCCGAAGGCUGGGAUGUCUCCCAACGCGAGGAGGGGCCCGAGAGAAGCCCAGGCUACAGUCCCGGCGCGUACACCGACGACGACGAGGACGAGGACGCAGAAGUGGACCCCUACGCGGAUCCUUUCGACCCAGAAAGGGUCGCUCUCCGCCUGCGACGGCGCCACGACCCCGAAGACCGCAUCCGUCGCGCCCGCGACGAGAUCUACGGCGACGCCAUAGACGCCAUGCGCUCGCUCGCGGCGCGCAUGGACCGGAAACUCGAGGAGACCACCUUUACGCGGAGCCCCGAGCUGCUGCGUCUGCGCGGCACCGUGUCGCUCUACAUUGCGGACCUGUUCGCGCUCCGGCACGCCUCGGCCUCGUCGUCGGCGGAUCAGCUGGAUAGGGAGGCGGAGCAACGAGCCGCUGAGAUGGAGGCGGCGCGGACGUUCUUCCGCAAGAUGGUGGACUGUGGGGGCCGGCUGGACGCGGCUCUGCGGACGGCUGUGGGGAUGGACGAGGAGGAUAGCGAGGAGGAGGAGGUGGUGGCUCUGCCGGCGUUUUCGUCGUUGCCGAUUCGAGAUGGGAGACCGGGCGGUUAG